ACCAACACCAACACCAACAUGCCCGCAGAAUGUCGUCGCCUCUAUCAUUCAAGCGGCGCAGGCUGAAUGAUGCGACUGCUAAGCUGAAAAAGCCGUUCGUUUCGCCGAUGAGGUCUAAGAAUCCUGCUCAGCUGCCAACGGAGAGUCCGCUGAAGGACAUCUCGAGCAAUAUUAACCCAACAUCGCCUGCCUACAUCCCCAGCACUCUUGCGCACACGGUCCACGCCGAAUAUCCUGUUGCCAAACAUAAUCCUCCUGCCUUCAAGACGCCGAAGAUUGCAGUCACACCACUUCGAAAGUCACACUCAGCCACAGUUUCCACGCAGAAGAAAAAGAAGACAGACCCGGAGGAGCUUGCGGCACAGAAAGCCAUCACAGCGCUGGAGUUACAGAUACGAAGAGUACAGAACGAACUUGACGCAUUCAAGCAGGCAGAAGUACUUGCCAAUUCCACCACGGACGCUGAUCUGGAGGAGUUGAAGGACAAAUGGCGUCUAGCAUCACAGUCAGUCGCAGAGGAACUGUUUGGCUCUGUUAAGGAGAGAGUCUGCCGAAUGGGAGGUGCCGCUGCAUGGCGGGAGAUGGAAAAGAAGAAGCACGAGCGAGCCAAUGGCAUGGGAGGAUUUGCAGAGCCCGAGGUGGUGGACAACGACGCAGAUUGCGAGUUUGACUCGGAGGGCGAAGAGCUCCCCGAGGCCGAGCAGGAGUAUCGCAAGAAGAUGAAGCGGCAGGCGAAGCAAGAGGCCAUGGAAGCUAUGGAUGAGCCUGACCGGCCGGUGGAAGGGCAAGGCGUGAAAGACAAGGUGUGGCAGGAAGAUGGAAAGGAAGAUGAUACCUUCACAAUGGACAUGAUGUUGCGAAGUCUGAACAUCGAUAUGGCCGUGAUUGGCUAUGACAAGCAGAUGCAGAGGUGGAUUUGACAUGGCUGCUGGCGCCGCUACACACGAGGAACGCGCUGGAACGAUGAUGAUACGAUGC